UUAAAAUUCAAAGAAGAAGGAGAGCACGCCGCAUAAAUAGCAUCAGCAUGGAUGACAACAUUGAAGACCCUCAUGCCUGUGAAAAUAUAUCAGACCAGGAGGAAGACAACUGCCUACAGAAUGAUUUUAAAACGUCAAAACUGGGAACAAAAGAUUACUGGGAAAGCGUGUACCAGAAAGAACUUGAGACUUUCAAGGACAUUGGCGAUGUUGGUGAGAUAUGGUUUGGUGAGGAAAGCAUGAGCCGUGUGCUGCACUGGAUGGACAAAUCCAAGAUUCCAGAGAAUGCAGCCAUUCUGGACAUUGGCACUGGAAAUGCAGCCUUUUUAAUUGAACUGGCAAGACAUGGAUACAGGAAUCUGAUGGGUAUAGAUUAUUCACCAGCAUCUGUAGAGUUGGCCAGAAAUGUCCUGCAGGCAGAAGAUUUGACAGAUGUGAUUGUAAAGGAAAUGGAUUUCUUAAACUGUCAAGGAGAGCUGAAGGAUUUUGACAUCUGCAUCGACAAAGGGACGUUUGAUGCAAUAAGUCUAAACCCAGAGAAGACGGAGGAGGGCAAAGAACUCUAUGUCCAGACUUUAAGAGGGGCCCUUAAGGAAGGAGGAAUCUUUGCACUCACGUCCUGCAACUGGACCAAAGAGCAACUGCUAAGCAGAUUCAGGGAAGGAUUUCAGUUUGAACAAGAGUUGCCAACACCCAGUUUCCAAUUCGGGGGCAAGAAGGGCAACUCUGUGACAGCACUCAUCUUCAAGCGGGUACAUUGAUCUAUAUGUACAGGAGGAGGAUUUUAAAUGUAUCAAACUAACACCAAGUAAUGUCAUAUUUUAAAAUGAAUCCAAAUCAAUAACAUAAAAAAAAACUAAGUUGAAAAUGAGAAAAUAAAAUGCAGUUGUGCCAUCUUCACUUGAACCUCUAAAAUAUCCUUCUGCUUCUCGUGCCCCACCACUAAUGUCUCUGUUCCCCUCCAGUGGGGUCUGCACCACACUUUGAGAAGCAUUGCAAUAAAAUAUGAUUUUUUUAUUCAAAAUAUUCUGACUCAAAAAUGAUGUACUUUUGAUAAUGUUUAAUGUGUUUUAUCCGUCAUCCAAAUACGUAACAUAAGAAUUACUUGUUUAUACUUAAAGCUGAAGUUAGGGGAUGGUGUACAAUUAAAAAAAACACACCUGGGUUUUGGAAUGUUCACUUUACUGGGUCUUGUGGUCAUGACCUGUAACACUGUUUAAUUGUCCCUCUGUUACAGUUUUCAUAGAUAAAAUCAGCUCAAGAAGGAUUUUAAGCUAAAUCAAAUAACCUUUGCAAACAGCUGAUGGUUUGCAUAUAGUAAAUUAAAUUCUGGGUGAAGGGAAAAGCUUUCACAUGAAACAGUUUACAUCUGAUCAUCAGUUCUUGUGCAUUUUGACAUUUAAUGCCUUUCUCAUGUGAACACUUCAUCUUCACCGUGUGUGAACCCACUGACACGUGUUUAUCUCUAAUAUGGCUACAUUGACAAAUGAGUGUUACUCAUUAAAUCACCCUAGCUUUGUUUGUGGUAGAUGACUGUUUAACCUGAAAAGCAAAAGUUGUACUUAACAUUUAUUUCAUAAAUCAUACUAAUUCUGUCCAAAA